AUCUAUCGUUCAUCGUUUGUCCACCAACCGCACUGCCGGCACAAAAACUCACGCUCCUCCUGCCCAAAACCUCCAUUUUCUCUCUUGCAGAGACACACGAGCAGCAGCCGAGGGAACAGAGUGAACGAGGUCGUCUGAAAAUCAGAAUACGAGGUCAAGAUGAGCACCUGCUAUCGCUGUAACGAAGAAGGACACUUCGCAAGAGACUGUCCUCAAGGUGGAGGCAGUCGAGGUGGAGGAGGUGGUGGUGGUUAUCGUAGUGGAGGAGGACGUGGUGGCGGCGGUGGGGGCCGCGGAGGCGGUGGCGGUUCCGGAAAAUGCUACAAAUGUAACCGAUUCGGACACUUCGCAAGGGACUGCAAUGAGGAGGAGCGUUGCUACAAAUGCAAUGGAACAGGUCACAUCGCACGCGAUUGUACUUCUGAAGGAAACGACUCCCGAGAUGAUGGAGGCCGAUCAUACUCCCGAGGUGGCGGUGGAGGAGGAGGUGGUGGAAGAAAUUGUUACAACUGUGGUGAACCCGGACAUAUUAGUCGCGAUUGUACCAAGGAGCGUGGUUCAGGAGGAGGAGGUCGCAACGAUGAUUACUAAUUUUUCUGCUGCCAACAAAACGUCGUUCCGUCCGCCACUUCAUUCACAAUUCAUUCCAUGGAACCCCAAAAAACGUUAAUUGAGCCUUCUUAGUUUUCAUCGUUUUAUAAAAGCAUAAAACAAUUAAAUAUAUACACACCUAAAUGACGCAAAUAUUGCCGUCAUAAUUAUGAAGUUGUUUUGAUAUUUCCCAAUCUUGUUUUCGUGGGUAGGAGGAAGUGGCGUUCGUUUGUUUUAUUACUUCAAUGUUUGCAUUAUUGUGUCUAACAUUGAAUAAAACCUCAAAAAAACAUCGAA